AUGAAACCGGUAGAUUUCGUAUUGGAACAUCAGGAUCAGUUGGAGGAGAAUCAGUCCGUACAAUUAAUCUGUGCUUCUGAUGUUGGAAAUCCGGCGGGAAACAUCAAGAUUUGGAAAGUCCCGGAGAGAACAAAUAUUUCAGAAAUCGUGUUCACUUCAAAUUUACUGAACAACAAAACAAAGAACUGUACUACAUUUUUAAACCUUAGCACUGAAUACAAAGUUUCCAGAAAGGACAACGGAAUGAAAUUUCUUUGUUCCUCACAAAAUAAUCUUACACAGGAGCCAGGACCAGGAAGAUACUCAAAGAGAAUCUCAGUUCUUUAUAAACCAGGAACUCCAGUAAUUGAUCUUGUACCAUUCAAAGAAAUGUACUUCGCCGGUGACGAUUUAAAACUGGAAUGUGUCUCUGACGGUAAUCCUUCCCCAGUAUAUAGAUGGGCAUUUCUAUCUAUCAACAAAAGAGAAGACGAUAUAAAAUACCCCAUCAGUAACAGGUCUUCAUUGAUGAUGAACAACCUCCAAACCAACAAUUCUGGAAUUUACUCUUGCUUUGCUUCUAAUACGUUCAAUGGGAAGGGUUUUCGCGUUUGGUCUUUUGUAUUUAUAUUGGUUAGAAAUCAGACUAUAAAAGGUAAGUUACGGCUACACCUAAUGCAUUAA